AGGAGAAAGAAGCAGAAGUCAAGAAAAGCAAGCUGUAUCAACCUGCCUCAAAGUUUGUCCCCGUACCUCAAAAUGUUCCACCAACAUUGUCUGCUGAGAGCAAAAAGUCUGCAUUAAAAAAAAAGACAGAGGAAAAGAAGAAAAGCAAUCUUGAACUCUUCAAAGAGGAGCUCAAGCUAAUGCAAGAAGAGCGCGAGGAGAGGUAUAAAAGGAAGAAAACCGAUCCUGAUGGAAAAAGCGAAGGAGGACUUGAUUAUCAUGACCUUUCUCCACUGGAACAACCAUCUUUGUAUGACGACACAAAGUGGAAAAGUUCCACUAACCUUUCCAUUAAGUGCCUUAGUCAAAAGAUGAAUGAAGAGAUGCUCUGCAGAGAGUUUUGUAAAUACGGCCCCCUGGCCAGUGUUAAGAUCAUGUGGCCCCGAUCAGAGGAGGAGCGCAGCAGAAUUUCAAACAGAGCCUUCGUGGCCUUUAUGACGCGAAAAGAUGCUGAGACUGCCAUGAAAGCUCUUGAGGGUAAAGUGAUUAUGGGCCUUGAAAUGAAACUGGGAUGGGGCAAACCAGCCCGCAUUCCAUCUCAGCCCCUGUACACACCAGUUAGGCUGAGAGUGGCACCUCCGCCCCCAUCAGGCCUGCCUUUCAAUGCUCAGCCGAGGGAUCGCUUGCGCAACACUUUCACAAAGUCCACGACCAUGUCUAAAGCAGAGCUCGAGAAGACUCUGAACGAUGCCGUAGUCAAAGUGGUUAUCCCAACCGAAAGACGUCUGCUGGUCCUUAUUCACAGGAUGGUAGAGUUUGUGGUGCGUGAAGGUCCUUUGUUUGAAGCCAUGAUAAUGAAGAGAGAGAGCAACAAUCCCUAUUUCAAGUUCCUUUUUGACUGUAAAAGACAAGAUCAUGUGUACUAUCGCUGGAGACUCUUCUCUAUCCUUCAGGGAGACACCCCAACUGAAUGGAGGACGACAUAUUUUCGUAUGUUUAAAGGAGGCUCACUAUGGAUACCACCCGUUCUAAACCAAUACUUUGGGAGAACAGAGAUAGAGGAAUCAACUAUCUCUGAGGAGGAGGUGAAAAAAGGGCAGCUGAGAUCUGACCACAGAAAGAAACUGGAGACACUUCUAGAGGAGCUGACCCCAAGCAAAGACCGCAUCGCCAGUGCCAUGAUGUUCUGUCUGGACCGAGCAGAUGCUGCAGAAGAAGUAGUGGAACACAUUGCUAACUCUUUUUCGUCGCUUCAAACAUCUUUUCAGAUGAAGGUUUCUAGAUUGUACCUUGUGUCAGAUGUCUUGUACAAUUCAAGUGCCAAAGUAGCCGGAGCAUCAUAUUAUCGUAAAUUUUUUGAAGUAAAGUUGCCACAGAUAUUUGAUUGUCUUAAUGCAACUCACAAAAACAUACAAGCCAGGCUGCAGGCCGAACAAUUUAAGCAAAAGAUCACAAAUUGUUUCCGAGCGUGGGACGACUGGGCCAUAUAUCCAGACUUUUAUCUAAUCCAACUUCAAAAUAUCUUUCUGGGCAUCGCCAAACUGGAUGAGGUCAAACAAGAGGAAGCAUCGUGUGAGCUUGAUGGCGUGCCACUGGCCAGCUCACUCAUAGAUGGAUUACCUUUAGAUGGAUCUACCGUGGAUGACAUAGAUGGCUGCCCCAUGGGCGUGGACUCCCUGGAUGGAGUUCCUGUUGAUGACAUUGAUGGAGUACCCCUGGAAGAGAGCAGUGUUCUCUCUGGAGUGCCUUUAUCUAAAUGGGAGAAAAGCAGCGAUACCAGGACAUUUCUUCAAGCCAAAACUGAGUCCAAGUGGGACACGGCAGACAAUCAAGAUGAAGAUAAAGUGAAUGUCAGUUGCAACCUGCAAGACGAAGACGAGGGCUCUGAGAGCGACAGCAGUGCCGACUCCUCCAUCGCACCAAACUAUGACAGUGCAGUUUUUCAGAGCUCACUUAAAAGUUUUCAAAUGACUGAGAGCAAAAGGAAAAAGUUGAGAGAACUGGAGGUUAAGGUUAUGAAGUACCAAGAUGAGCUGGAAUCUGGCAAAAGGCAGACGAAGUCUGGGAUGAGCGUCACGCAACAAGUGACUCAUUACAGACACAAACUGCUACAGAAGGAGUUUUUAAAAGACGAAGAAAAGAACGAGAGAUCCAAGUCCAAAGACAAGCAGAAAGAUGACAAGCGGAAAAAAGAAAGGAGCAAAAAGAAGGACGACGGCGACAAAAGACGAACCAGCGAUCCUGGAGACCGGCUUCGAAAAUCACGAAGCAUCUCUCCUUUAAGAACAAAGUCUCCUAAAAGGUCUAAACGCUCCAGAUCACCAUGUCAGGACCAGAAGGUGGACAAAUCCAGGUCCCGGUCACCACAUCGCUCCCACAAGAAGGCAAAAAGGAGCAAACACUGACUCCAGUCUGGACAUCCCAGUGUCCUGACACAGUGGACAUCUGAAGACACAUUUGUUGUCCUGGUCUCAAACUGUCUGUGAAACAUUCAACUCCCUUUUCUAUGGUGAAGUUGGAACACUGUAACUACUUGUAAAUGUAAAUAUAUAAAUAUAUAAAUGUUUUUUUUAAACGUAUGUUGCUGCACACGUCUGACACUAAAUAAAAUCAUGGCGAUG